UGUGAAAGAGCAUUCCGUUGGAUCUUUGGCAGUUCUUUCUUGGUGGGUGCGGCAUACGUCGUGAUUAGAAAUUGACGAUGUCGAAGCCGAUGGCGUCUCUCUACCACAAACCUCUCUUCGCCAGGCUGGAGUCCUCUCCACUCAGCCGUAGAUACUGUCGUGCGACUCUGUUACCCGAUCCUUCGCGUGUUACCAAUGCUUGAUAAUCGGCCAGUCUUCAGCUGGACGUAAUCUCCAGCUGGGGCUGUACUUGUACGAUGGCUUCCCUUCCCUCGUGCGGACAAGAUCAAAAGCCCUAGAAGUAGAUAUUAGACGCGCGCGGCCAUCAGAGGAAGACGAAGCAACACUCAAGCGCAAAGUCGAGCAUUACGCCAUGUCGUCGAAACCAGGCGUUGUGAUCGUACACGGAGCAUGGCAUUCCCCAUCACAUUGGGAUAAUGUCACAUCGAAGCUCCAGGCAGAGGGAUACACCGUGGAGGUUCCAGCUUUACCGUCCGUUGCCAAGGUCGCCGCUGAGGAUGUCUUCGCGAAAGACGUCGCUGCGGUCAAACAAGCAAUCCAAAAGAUCACCAAGACUGGACGGAACGCCGUACUCGUUAUGCACAGCUACGGCGGUGUCUGCGGUAGCGAAGCCGUCGCUGAAGUCCUCGAGGAUCGCAAAGCGAGCAUGGACCCAACUCAAGGACGAAUCGUGCAUCUGCUGUAUGUUGCGGCGAUCAUAGUGGAGAAGGGAAUGAGCGUCCAAGGAGCAGAACUCAGCCCGCACGAAUGGGAGGUCAAAGAAAAUGUGAUCCACCAUCUCAACCCUCAAUACAGGUUUUACAACACCACCUCGCAGCAGGUUGCACAAAUUUCCAUCAGCCUGAUGGGCCACCAAGCUCUCGAAUCCUUUUCGACGCCAACGCAGUAUCGCGGGUGGGCGGACUAUGAUUUGCCGCUCACGUACAUCGCUUGUCUCCAGGAUCAUGCUCUCUGGUUUGACAUCGAAGUUGCGAAAUUCUUCCAGCGGAUCGACGAGGCCAGAGUGAAGGAUUUCACCAAAGUGGAAAUCGACUGUGAUCAUUCGCCUUGGGUCAAUAGCGGUCAGAAGGAGUUCUUCGAGGCGGUGGAUGGCGUGUUGGAGAAGGCCAGCAAAGUUUAA